AAAUGGCCGUUCUCUUAACGCGAAACCGAUUCCCGUUACGAGCGAAGGGCGGCGGCUUUCAUCGGCGACAAUCUGGCGGAGUUUACACGUGGUGUAACGUUACCGGAAGGACGAAACGCGGCGGGAGAAUCCUGAGGACCUGUCUGGCCGCACUGGUGGGCGCGGGUGCCACCUGCGGGUCGCUCCUGUAUCUCCUGGACCGAUCGGUGGAGGCAAUGGUCCCUGUUCCGCGUUUGCCCAACCAUCCCUGGGAGUCCCAGGGCUACCUGAAGUCCCUCGACCACUCGGCCGUGAGGCGAGGGUGGCAAGUGUACACGACCGUGUGUUAUUCGUGCCACAGCCUGCGUUAUGUACGAUUUAUGGAUCUUAUCAACGUGUCGCACACGGAGGACGAGGUCAAGGACAUCGCCGCCGAGUUCGAGGUGCAAGACGGCCCAGACGAUGAAGGUAAUUACUAUAUGAGGCCCGGAAAAACGACCGACAAGAUACCGUCCGCCUUCCCGAACGACGAAGCGGCCAAAGCGGCCAACCUCGGCAUGUACCCGCCGGAUCUAACUUAUAUAAUCGAGGGCAAGAGGAACGGCAAGAAUUAUAUAUUCGCCUUCUUGACAGGAUGGAUGGACCCGCCGGCGGGUAUAACUUUAACGGAACUGCAACACUUUAACGUGUAUUUCCCCGGGAACGUGACCGGGAUGCAGCAGGUGCUGUUCGACGGAAUCUUGGAAUACGACGACGGCACGCCAGCGACCGUUUCGCAAAUGGUGAAGGACUUGGUCGAAUUUCUAACAUGGACGUCCUCGCAAGAGUUCGACGAGCGAAAGUCGAUGUUCAUCAGAGCAAUGGGAAUCUGUCUGAUAUUACUCGUCUCGAAUGCUUAUUACUACAGAUACGCUUGGUCGUCAUUGAGGAGCCGUCAGAUCGCGUAUGUGCCCAAGAGGAAAUAUUAAGACCCUCACGAUGGAUUUCGAGUGACGAUCCAUACGAGGAAAAUUCUCGACGUCGGGAAGAUAAUAGAUGUAGUAACGUGUAAGCUACGUCGUUUCAAAAUUGUCUAUCGCGUCUACGGACGAUCGUUUUUUUACAGUUUUAGGGUCCGAGCGGGCCGAACGUUUAGUCAGAAAAAAUGUCAGAUCACGUUUGCAAGAAGAUGCGUCCAUCGUUGAGAAAACGAAAGUUCGCGGAUUCAGCUAGCCGGCCGCUUCUCGCAUAAUAAACGAAGAACAGUGAUUAAUCGCAAAUACAGACAAGGCGGGGGCGUCGGGCUGAAUCGCACUUCUCGCGAGAUUAUUUAUCGAAGCAGAUUUUAGCUCGACUCUCUCUCUCUCUCUCUUUCUUUCUCGCUUGCUCUCGACGCGACGGCAACGGAAAUCUGUAAUUCUUAUUUAGAACCGAGACGCGCGCGCGCGUACGCCCACGAGGCUCUGCAAAGUUGCAUCAGAGUGUGCACCUGUACGCGUAAAAAUGCGGUCUAAAAAUACGGCCGACAUCGAACUACAGCAAAACCCACGUUGCCUCCGUCCUGCGUUGGCUGUUGGAAUAACGUCGUCGUUGUCACGCGAGGAAUACAAGCGAUCCAGCGCAGGACUGACCGACCGUCUGACUGGCUUCUUCAGCAACGGCAUGCGCGCCGUCGAUAAUCGUUUCGCAAUGCGCGGCCUUGACGAUGCCUGUAUAGUAGCCGAUCGGCUCGUCUAAAAAUAGAAGAAGCUCGCGAGGAGAAGUCGCGGCAACAAACAUUAACGUCGUCUCUCACGAGUCGUUAACUCCGGGAUGACCGGUGGUUGCUUGUAAGCCCAUCUAUUCCGCCCGUAAUAAUAUCCCGCGCCCCUGCGCCCGCCUCGGGGACACCUCACCGACUAUUUUAAAGCCGUCGCGUACAUAACGAUCUCGUGUCCUCCUCGCUUGCGAUUUUUUUUCUCUCUUCGGCUGCCUUUCAAUCCUACGAUCGACGACGACGACGAUGACGACGAUGAUGCGACGGCGGGAUAGAAUGUCGAAAAUAAUAUUGGGCGUUUCGACGGAGGCUAUAUAUAGGGGAUGAUGCGUCAGUACAGCAACAAGUGAGGCCCCGGCGGGAGGGAACCGUGGACGGAGGGGGACAGGACAAAUCGAAAAUAUACGGAACGAUGAAUGAAACCUCCGCAUUGACGUCGCCAAGACGUGCCAGGCUAUGCUGAGGUUAUACGAGGCGGGUGCUGUUUUUGAAUGCACUUCCGCCGGCGGGGCGGGGGAAGGGGGGCUCCGAGAGAUACGCGGCAGAUAUCUCGAAAUAUCAUCGAUCGCUCCGGGGUAGAGAAUUACCGUACUCUGUACCGGCGGCAGGGAGGGAAGAAAACGACGAGAGGCGAUGUGACGUCGAGCAUCGCGCGCGCGACGCGGGGAGCGAAAUGCGAGGAUCGCGGAAUUGCCGUAAUCACGGUAAGAAUAACUCUCCUCGUGCGACGUAGAUACGUCGUGCAAGAUGGAAGCUCGAUAUUAGGGAGACGCGCGAACGACGAUCCGUCGACUCGCGGCCAGUCCGCGCCGCAUCCGCAACUGAG